UUUAAGUACUCUUGGUAGUAUCUAACCUGCGUGCUGCAUUCGUACAGACGGAACUCUGCUGUUUUGUGCUUCUUUCAAAAACUUCCCAUCAUGGCUCGGAAUCGACGUACUCGCGAGCACUCAAUCUGGCUAUCAGAUUUAGCCUCGAUCUCCUCCCCACGAGCCGUUUUUCCAUAGGCAGCAAAUAUUUUCAGAUUGCAGGCAUCAAUAGGCCGAGUUCACAACGUUGACUCCCACGAUAGGAUGCAGUGGCUGUGACAGGCAGUGCAGACUAGCGUCUAUUAAGGCACGGCCACGCAAGUAGUGAUCAAUUCAUAAAGGCAGAGGGAAAAAACCGAACAGCGCGCAGCUCCCACGAGCAACCAUGUCUACAGAUCCCAUCCCGGAGCAGUUGCCAAUCCUCGAGAUACAAGCAGAAACGGACACAGACACGGUCCGAGCACCAGACUGCAAGAUGCUCGGCUUGCCUUAUGAUCUGCUCUUCAAGCUCUGCAGCUACCUAUCACCCGUCGACGUCUCUUCCCAGCUCAGCACCUGCAAGGCAUUUCACCAGCAUGCCAGGGAUCACUCGAUCUGGCAGCGUAUGUCCGCCCGGUUUGGGCUCCGAGAUGAUGCCACAUUUCCAGGCCUAUCGUCAUACACGGUCUUCACGCAGUUGCUGUACCCAUACGGUGCCUUGCUCGGCCUAUGGACGAGCGACCACGAGUAUGUGGGAUCCAUGAUGCACUUCCGCCUCCUCUCGGGAGAUGACCACGAGGAUGGCGGGAUCGUUGCCGAGGCUUGGGAGUUUCCCGAGGAACGAUCCGUUGACCAGAUGCCCACUCCCCCCAAAUACACUAGGGCCUUCAAGAUAUGCUUUGAUCGUCAUAAAAAUGUAGCGAAGGACACGCCGCCAUCCGUGCGCGUGCUUUGCGGUGGCAUAGACGCUCAUCCUGCCACCUUGCAGGUGCAUGCGCCCUCCUAUCAAAGCUAUAUGUACAAGGAUAUCGACGAGGAAACGGGGGAAACGGAUUUUUUCCCCAUAGCCGAUGCGCCAUGGUAUGACGCAGAGCGUGAGCUGCCCCACCUGAAAGCCUGCACGGACACCGACGGUCAACCUCGUAGAGCUCCCGUCAGCGACGUUCCCGUGCCCUCCAUAUACCCUGCAACCACCCGCACGCUCAAUCCUGGCUCGAUCUUGCUUCGGUGCUCCGUGCCAAGGUGUACACAGUUCCAUCGGCCGAAGCUGAACAUUCGCACCAUCGUGAAGUGGCCGCCGCAAUUUUUCCCAAUGAAGUCCAUUGUCCAGAAGGGAAUAGACCCAUGCGACGAGGAAUGGUCGCCGGAGGCGCUUGUUGGGCUGUGGUUGGGGCGCUAUAGCGAGACCACCACGCAAUGUCUCUAUCUGGCGUGGAGUCCGAAGAAGAUGAAACUGUAUGCGUUCAAGACCACGGGUGAUAGCUGUGUGACCCGUGGUUCCUGGGCCUGGACAGUGCGUACAAGGUCUCGCUUGGAUAGUGUCCCAGCGAUUGCAAGAGCCCAUGGCUUGGAGCCAGACAUCGACCGUUUGUUCUCGGGGAAAGAGUUUGUGGCGAUACCAGAGUUUACAGGUCUUGAAAUAUUGGACAUUAUUCUGAAGGUUCGUGGGCCUGACGAAUUGCAAGUUUGGUGGAAGAGCAAUGACACUGUCCUCGUAUACACUCGUUUGACGAGUGACAUGAUGAGGGUCUGAGGUUAAUCUGGCCACCGUCAAGUAGCCCAUGAAGGUCCGGACUCCCAGGUUACCCUGUGUACAUGUGUCACGCUUCCAUAAUACUAUGGUGAAUAUGUACACACUGUUUUACGAAGUGUACUCAAUGAUCCUACUCACGAUAUGGUGAAUGAUGGCCACACAGGCGCAGUCAAUUGAGAUGCAGUAGCCGUCUUUGAC